UACAUUAUUUAUCAGCUAACCACCAAGAUUUAUUAAUUUACACUCAAAUGGAAUUGGAACUAGGACAUACACAUACAUUUGAAAUGUCCCGAUACUUUCCGUUAUCGUUAAGAUUGCUUUGCUAUGCUUGUCGAUACAUAUGUCAUCGAUAAGCUGCCUGUUUACUUUUUGGUCUGGCUUUUUGCUUAAACAUUUGUGUUUUAAGAUGGCAAGCACAUCAGGUGGCAGUCAACAGGAUCUCAAUCAGAGAUCAAUAAACUUAAUUGAAUUUAGUUUUCUAAACCACAGAGCUGAGCUUAGCCCGCUAUUGUCGACAAACAAUCGCCAUCCAGUGCGUCUGGUGGAGAAUGAAGAUGAUUUUUGGAAAUUUGUGAACAAAUAUGAAUGCAUGCUGCGCAGCAUGGGCCACCCAAUGCUCCCAGCGUGUCUUAAAGGGGAUGAGCUAAAUGAGAUAGACCCAUUUCACAAGUACAAGUACUUAUCCAUUGAGAUGGACGGGUCGGUGCUGCGCAUGCAGGACAAGGAUGAACUAGAGAAACAGUUCAAACAGCUAGUACUCAUUUAUUUGGACUUUAAGCAAAAAGAGAAAUUUGCGCGCCUCCGAAAAUUGCGAAAAGGACAAAAGGAAUUGCCCAUAACUGCGUUCAAGCAAGACUUUCGUGAAGCCUUGGAUGCAACGCGAGUGAUCAUUGUGGCAGGCGACACAGGCUGCGGCAAAUCGACACAGGUGCCACAGUAUCUUUAUGAGUUUGGCUAUCGCGGAAUAGCUUGCACACAACCACGUCGUCUCGCCUGCGUUGCCUUGGCCAAGCGUGUGGCGCAAGAAAUGCUGGAUGACUAUGGCACUAAAGUGGGCUUUCAAAUACGCUUUGAGCGCAAUAGAACGCAAAACACCAAUAUACUAUUCAUAACGGAGGGUUUGCUGCUGCGCCAGUUAGCUCUGGCUGAAAAUUUGGAGCAGUACGAUGUAAUUAUACUCGAUGAAAUUCACGAGCGCAAUUUGUUUGGCGACUUUUUGCUUGGCGUAACCAAAUGUCUGCUACGUGCCAGGCCACAGAUAAAGCUAAUACUCAUGUCAGCUACCAUCAAUGUUGAGCUGUUCCAUAACUUCUUUAGAGAUGAGGGGGCCAGGCUGGUGCAAGUACCUGGUCGCUUGUUUCCCAUUAGGCUGCGCUAUAUGCCACCACCAGCGCUGGAGCUAAAUGCUGGUCAAGCGAGCGCCAAGCGCAAACAAAACGCACGCCUCGAUCCUGCACCGUAUAUACAAGUGCUAAGUCUCAUUGACCAGCAAUAUCCCCUCACCGAACGCGGCGAUGUGUUGAUCUUUGUCAGCGGCGUCGCUGAGAUUGAGACCGUCUGCGAAGCCGUCAUACAAUACGCCAAAAGGCAGCGCCAUUGGAUAGUGCUGCCACUGCACAGCGGUCUAGGCUUGUCCGAUCAGGAUAGAGUCUUUGAUUACGCACGAGAGGGCAUGCGCAAGUGCAUUGUGUCCACAAACAUAGCAGAGACUUCGCUUACUGUGGACGGUGUGCGCUUCGUCAUCGACUCUGGCAAGGUAAAGCAAAUGAGCUUCGAUGCCGUCUGCAAGGGUCAGCGCUUGAAAGAGUUCUGGGUAUCCAAGUCAUCAGCAGAGCAGCGCAAAGGUCGUGCUGGACGCACAGGACCAGGGGUUUGCUUCCGUCUCUACGGACAACAACAAUUUGAUGCUUUCGAGGCAUUCCCUAUACCGGAAAUCUUUCGCGUGCCGCUGGACGCUAUGCUGCUAGCCAUGGUAGCCAUGGGCUUGCCCGAUGUGCGCGUAUUUCCCUUUGUAGAGCCGCCCGAUUCUGAGCGUUUAGAGCAAACAAUAUUGGAUCUCAAGCAUCAUUGUGCAAUGACCGCGGAGGAAAAACUAACACCACUUGGAAGCUCUUUGGCCAAGCUACCCGUUGAUUUGCCCAUUGGCAAAAUGCUGCUCAUGGGCUGUGUGUUUCCGGAUGUGGAGCAGCUGCUUACACUGGCAUCCAUGAUGUCCGUACAGAAUCCAUUCACCACACGUGCGCAUUCGGAUCAGCGUUGCGAACGCGAGCGAGAGCCUCUGGAGUCCGAGCAGGGCGAUCUCUUUACGCUGAUGCGUGCCUACUGCGAUUGGGUGCAGCUCAAGCGCAAGUAUGAGAGCUCGCGCAAGUGGUGCCAGCGUUUGGGCCUCGAGGAACAGCGUUUGUAUGAAGUCAGCAAGCUGCGUCAGCAGUUCCAACACAUUCUCGAAGGCUGCAGCAUGGCGCCAGCCAGCAGCUCCAGCACCUCGCUGAGCAAAUCCGAGCGUUCGCGCCGCGCUGGUGAGCUGCGUAUGUUGAGGGAGUUGAAACGUCGCCAACGCUUCGGGCCACAACGUCAGCGCAAGCUUCUUAAGCAUCAGCCACAUCAGCUGCCCGAUGAUUAUGAUGACGAUGAUGAUGAUGAUUUCGAUGAUGACGAUGAGUCGCAAAAGGAUAUGCGUGAUGUGGACUUUCGCCUGCGUCAUGAUGGACGCCAGCUGGCGCUGCUGGAGCGCUCAGCUCGCAUGGAGCGAGAUCGUGAUGUUAUGCUAAUGAAGAUAUUGAUUGUCAGCGGCUUCUAUCCACAGCUGGCCAUUGCCGAUGAGUUCAACUACUGCAAGGGUGGUACCCAGCAAUUCUUUCACGCACAACUCAAGCCGUUUCUGUCACUGCAUCCCAAUUCCUACUUUGCCAAAAACUAUGAACUCCUCAAGCUUACAGAGAGUGAUAUACAAACGAAGCCAGAUUACUAUACGCCCAAGCAGCCGCUCAGUGACCGCCAUCAGUUGCUCUGCUAUCAAUCCUUGCUAGAGACAGCCAAGCCAUACUUGAUGAACUGCAUUCGCUUGCCUGCAGCGCAGACAUUGCUGCUGUUUGCCUAUAGCAUCGAUACCAAUGCCAGCGUAACACGCAUUGUCUUUGAUGGCUGGCUGAGCUUGGACUUUCCGACUCCAGGCAGCGGCUUGAAGCUGCUCAGUCGUGCCAUUCAGUUGCGACGGCACUGGAACAGUCGCCUGUUCGCCAAGCUCAAUGAGCUUAAUCGUCCGAAAUGCGUACAUCCAUCACAUCACAACAAAUCUCCAAAGGAGGAUAAGGAGGAUAUACUUUGGUAUGAUUUGGUGGACUUUAUGAAUCUCAAUGUAGUCUAUAGCAUCAAGCGUCUGCUGCCCGCCGAUUUGAAAGUAUUAUACACACGCUGCGCGCCCAACCUGGCGCUGAAGGAAAAUCCGUUUGCAGACAACUUUGAGCUGAAGGUGAACGCGGACAAGGGCGGCUUCAAUGUCAGCGAGAACGUGGUCUAUGCCUGCCUAGCAGAACAGCCUUGGUGCUUGGCCAUGGAUGCAGCGCUGCAGGCACAGCCCUGGAAAUGUGCUGACUGUGACCUUGAGCUGGAGCAAUACGUGGUAACAGAGCAGCUGCAGCAUCGCUUAAAGUGCAAGCGACGCGUCGUCACCAAGCGCAAACGAUCACCUAGCCCACCAAAGCCAAAGCCGGAUGAUGGCCCAACGUGCAGCAAGCACGCCCCUACGCUCUAUCAUUGUCUAAUGUGUGGACUUGAUCUCCACUUGUCACAGAUUGACAUACUGCGUCAUCGCAAACAGUGCUCGAUCUUAACAAGGGAUUGAGCAUUGAUAUAUAUAGUAUUGGAUUUAUCUUAAACACAUUGUAGCUGUUUAUUCAAAUAUUUAUACUCAACUCGAACAUUUACGCACGUUUGCGCAUAUAUUGUAUUGGAAUUUAUCUCAAACAUAUUGUAGCUGCUUAUUCAAAUAAUCAAUCAAUAUACUGUAGCUGUUUAUUCAAAUAUAUGUAUGUGGAUAACUUACAUGUAUUUGAAUUUA